ACGAUGGCCGCCGGAGCACGGCAAAAAACAGCAGGUCAGCUUCCACACUCGAUCCAAGCUCUUCUCCGGGACCCGUUCGAGAGGAGACCCCUGGACGAGCAGCUGCAGAUCAAGGAGAGCGGACCCGACCACCCGGACCUCACAGUCCGCCUUCCCGCCGGGGGGACAGGUAGAAAGAAGAGCAGCCGGGGGUUCUCCCGGAAGUGGUACCGCCGGAAGGCUUGGCUGGCGGGAUGCGGCCACUUGAACGCGUUCUUCUGCUUCCCGUGUUUACUUCUAAAAACCGCCGGAGCGGACACGGCCUGGACGGUCACUGGAAUCCAGAACAUGAAGAACCUCUCCGAGAAGAUCCGGAACCACGAGUGUUCGCGGGCGCACCUGGUGAACACCAUGGAGCUGGCCAUGCUGGGGACAGGGGGCGUGGCCGAGCAGCUGGAUGAAGGCCACCGGGCCCGGGUGAGGAGACACAACGAGGAGGUGCUGAAGAACCGGAUCAUUCUGUCCAAGAUGGUGGACUGUGUCCUCUGCUGGGUGUUCGAGCUGGACUCGGUCCUCCACUGGGACCAGGACUCCUCCGGCCCGGGGCUGGAAGGUCCCGUGUCCUCCUGGGACUCCGUGCUGGAGGAACAUCUGAUGAAGGCCACCGUGUUCAAAGGCUCCUUGAGGACGGUGCAACAGGAGCUGCUGGACUCCAUGCUGUCCGUGCUGAAGGACUGCAUCCUGGACGAGGUGCACAAGGCAGAGUACCUGGCCAUCCAGGUGGACGAGACCACCGACGUGUCCCCCCAGGGCCAGGUGGUGCUGGUGCUGCGGUACAUCGACCUUCACAACACCGUCCAGGAGCGGUUCUUCGACUUCAUCUCGCUUGCCAACCCUGACUCGAUCUUCUCCUCGCUGCUGGAGAAGCUGAGGACGCUGUUGCCCGAGGGCCAGGAGUGCCGGCUGAUCGCCCAGGCCUACGAUGGAGCUGUUAGAUGGAGCUAUGUUGAAGUCCUGGAGGUCUAUGGUAAUGCACACUACGUCCACUGCUAUGCCAACUAUCUGGACGUCAUCGCCCAGCAGGCGACGUCACGUAUCCCCCGGGUCAGAGCGUUCUUCUCAGACCUCGGUGGGUUCUCUGAGUUCUUCUCCAGGUCCUGCAAGAGAACUGCAGCGCUGGAGGAAGUGGUGGCACGCAGACUUCCCAGAUCUUUAACAACCAGGUGGGACUUCCACAGGCAUGCUCUACAGCUUGUGUACGAGCACCAGGACGACCUCCUGCUGUGCUUCCAGACCAUCAGAGACUCCAGUCACUUGGAUCCUCAGACUGUCAGGGAGGCCGGGGGCUUCGUGCGGAUGCUUCAAGACGAAGAUUUCUGCUUUUUCCUGGCGUUGUUUCACAGGAUCAUGCCCCACGUGGACACGCUGUUCAAACAGUGGCAGAAGAUGAACCUCACAACACGUUACUCGGACGUCAUCUCAGGAAUCCUCCAGAGCUUCACCGACAACAUGCAAAAGAUCAGGGACUCCUUUCCUUCUGUGCAUGGGCAGGCCAGUGGGUCUGUGCAGGAGCAGCCCAUGAAGAAGAGGAGGACACUCGGACAAGGAGAACGCCAGCAGUUGGCUACAGUGAUAUGCGAUAUCGUUUUGAGCGAUGCCAAGGAGCGGUUCUCUUUCACCACUCACCUCAUCAGCGCCACCCUCUUACAAGGAGACCUGUUCCCAGAGCACGACAGGAGGUUCCCAGAUUCAGCACUAGACGCCACAGUGGAGGCCUACCCCAUGUUGAGCAAGGCCAAGCUGAAAACAGAGCUAUCCCUUAUAUACAAGAACAAGGAGUUCCGAGCCUGCAGGGGGGCACUGACCCUGUUCCUGUUCUUCAUGGAGAACAACCUCCAGGACACCUUCACUGAGACGGUCAGUCUCCUCAGAAUCCUGAUCACUACACCCAUGACAUCAGCAGAGUCAGGGAGGUGCUUCUCCACCUUAAAACGGAUCAAAACCUUCCUGAGGAACACCAAGACACAGGAACACCUGAAUGCUCUGGCUCUGCUCUCCAUGGAAAAGGAACUAGUCCGAAACAUUCCGGACUUCAAUAACAGGGUCGUUGAGAGAUUUGCUAAUCAGAAGGCCCGAAGGGCAAAAUUCCUGUUCAAAUAAGAUGUCACACACAGACACACACAUGUUCCCCUGACCCACUGUGCCUUUUAAUAAAGUUUUACUUCAUAAGAAAUCC